UCGACAUGGACGACUGUGAAAGAAACAUCACUCGAACCAGCUUAUUUUCUCGCUCUUUUAUUUCAAUAUCAUCUCACACAUUCUCGCACAAGCUCUCUCACUUUCGUCUAAUAAUUCAUUCAGUAUGAUGUCGACCAUUCGCGACUGAAGAGAUUGUAAUACGCAAGCUCCUUUUUGUUAAACGGUUUACCUUGUAUUCGUGAAUACACACGAUCUACUCCAAAUGUGGCUGAUCGUGAUUUCGAUUCUGGUAACUAUCGUUUCUUUGGUUUACCAUUACUUAACAUGGAAUUUCAACUACUGGAAAUAUCGUGGUGUUCCUGGACCGCUGCCUAAACCUUUUCUGGGCACAUUUUCGAGUACGUUCACGCAAAAAGAGCAUCCCAUAGAAGAGAAUAAUCGUAUUUAUAGAGAAUACAGAAAAGAUGUGCCAUUCAUUGGAGGAUUUUCAUUCCGCAGUCCACAACUCUUCGCCUUAUCACCAACGCUAGUCAAAGAUAUAUUGGUCAAGUAUCAUAAACACUUCAGAGCUAACGAAGUCGGAGGAACGUUCGACUCAAAAGCGGAUCCCCUGUUGGCAAGAAACCCCUUCUUUCUUGAUGGCGAAGAAUGGCGCUCAAAACGUGCGCAGAUCACGCCGGCUUUUACAAAUUCUAGGUUGAAAGCACUUCUCCCCAUCAUGGACAAUAUAUGCAACAAUAUGGUAAGCUACAUAGACCGACACAUUCCAAAUGGGCCAAUCGAGUCUAAAGAAUUGUCAGCCAAAUAUACAACCGAUGUCGUAUCAAGCUGCAUCUUUGGUGCCGAGGGCGGAUCUUUGACUUCGGACAGAUCGGAGAUUCGAGAAAUGGGAAACGCUCUUUUCCAGCAAACCUUCAUGUUUAUAGUGCUGGCCGUCAUUUCGUCCAUUGCCCCGAUUUUGAAACGGUUCGUAAAACUGAGUUUGAUUCCAAAAUCCAUCGAGAAUUAUUUCGUUGGCUUGAUGACAGAAGCAGUGCGAAAACGGAAGGCAAGUGGCACUAAACAAGUUGAUUAUCUGGAUCACCUGAUCAACCUACAGGAGCAGAAGGAAAUUUCGAUACUGGAUAUGGCUGCUCAUGGAGUGACAUUUUUCAUCGACGGAUUCGAAACUACCAGUGAAGUUUUGGGAUUUUCUCUAUUGGAGCUAUCUAUUGAUAAAGAAAUUCAAAAUAGAUUACGUCAAGAGAUACAUUCCGCAGAAGAUGGUCAAUUAACAUUUGAAACUAUUAUGGAGUUACCAUAUCUGGAUCAAAUCGUAAACGAAACUCUUCGUAAGUGGCCUCCAGCGUACGCCCUAUCGAAAAGAUGCACAGAAGAGAUCACUUUCCGCUUGAAAGACAACCAUGAAGUCCUUAUUGAAAAGGGAAUCACAGCAAUACUUCCGAUCUGGGCUAUCCACCUAGAUAAAGAAUUUUAUCCGGACCCAAAUCGGUUCAAUCCCGAUCGAUUUUCAGAAGAAGACGGAGGUCAUAGCGUAAGGUACUAUCAAGAGAAAGGAGUAUUUUUACCAUUUGGAGAUGGACCGAGGGCUUGCAUCGGGCGGCGAAUUGGCUUGCUUCAAGUUAAGCGAGCACUGGUUGAAAUAGUUAAGAACUAUGACUUUACAGUGAACUCAAAAACGGUGCUUCCGAUCAAAAUUGAUCCAAAAAAUAUAGCAGUAACCCCUCUGGGUGGGAUAUGGAUCGAUUACAGAAAGCUGUGAAGUUUGGGUAAA